AUGUCAACCACCCCAGAUACCUUCACACUGCCUGACCGAGCAUCGUCUGCGUCCCUGCUAGGCUCUUCGCUUGUCCCGAUAGCCACGGAUAUGAGCAACUGCUGCUGCGCAGACAACGCCCAGAAUUUGCCUAUGGUAGCUGCCUCUCAGGCCUCAACAUCUACACGGGUGCCCAUUGCCUCGGAGACGUCCAAUGUUGGAACCCAAAUGCCAUCACGUGUUCAAUUUCGGUCAACUGAGCGACCUUUCCGACUGCCCGGGGUGAUUGAAACCAUCAAAAAGACACAACAGGUGGCGAGUACCAAAGAGCUUUCGGCGAAUCUUCACAUUACUAGUACUCCGUCUAUCACAGAGCCAGUCCAUCUAGCAGCUACGUCGCAGAAUCGAGCAUGUAAUCUAGUCAUUGAACGUCUCAACAAACGCCAUUUCCAAUCCCAGGAAACAAUGCAUGUUAAGUCUAUUUAA